GGUCAAUCUAAAGAGAAAGUAGCUGUGGUGCCCACACGCAAAACGUUCUUUCGCGAUCGCUCAUUCAACGACAGGACAAAAGCACGUCCUGCACCAGUUUUGGACCACAUUGAGUGGAAUUGUGGAUAUUUUUAGCAAGAUGCGUUCCGUGAUUCUUCUGGUUGCACUGGGGGCCCUUGUGGCCUGUGCCUGGGCUGAAAACGCCGAAGGAAAGCCGAAGGUUGACGGGUCAGUAUCACCAAGCAUGCAGCCUCAUCGCAAAUAUCACAAGGAGAACGCAAAGAAGAAAGCACUGGCCGAUAUCAUCAAGAUCAAGAUGUCCGCAGCGUCUGAAGACGUCAAGCGUAAGGAGCUGAAACACGUCUUCGCUAACCUCAAGCGGUAUGACGAGAAGACCAACGCACAGGUCUCCCCGAACAUGGAGGCUAUUAACAAGGAAGAAAUCAGCCAAACCGUCAAGCAGUUUGGAAAGCAGGUCAAGAAUUUCAACAUGAACCACAAGCGCAAAGCAGGAGCAUCUCUGCGACGGAUGUCCGAGGAGGCAGCGAAGGGAGCCGCAGCUCAGCCGAGACUACGCCGCGCUGCCCCAGCCAAGCAAGGUCGCACCUCGUUUGCUCGUGCUGUCUAACUGACGAACAUCUUCCGGCUUCUACUUUGUGUUUUACUAAACAAAUUUAGCCACCACAAGUUUGUGCUGGGAAUAUUCAUUAAAAAGGCUAAGAAUAUCGCCGUGAACGAGAUUAUUCCGAUAUAUCAUGUUUCCCCAAUGGAAUUUAAAUUGUCAUCUGAAUGUACACCUUGCAUUCGUCCAUUAAAAUAAAAAUCAAGUGCUUGCAGUGAACACAUAAUUCUUGUACAUGUAUAUACAAAUGUAUGGUGUGUGGCAAUUUUGUCUAGGCGUGGUUUCACAUCCGUUUGUAUUUUGCUAUAUUUUGUAAAAUGAGCAAACCAGACUUCGUUCACAUAAACACAACAAUUUUUUUUCCCAUGAAGAUUGAUUACAGAAGAAAUGGAAUAAUGACAAAAAUUCAGUUUAUUGUAAUAAUUAAGUCAGAUCUGUUUAGAAAUCACCCGGCGUGUAUUUUUGUCUGGCAUUUUUAAAGUUUGUUUUUAGUGUAUGCACCAAUUCAAUGGAUUCGUGUUAUUUAUUUGAACAGUUCCCCACACUAAUGAGUGUUUGUGUUAAACAUCUUUAUUUCUUCCUUUUCCCCUUCAAAAUACAUUGGAAAUUAUGGUUCAAAAUGAACAUUCGACAUGUUACGUUUUUAUUUUCAGAAUAAAAACGGCGUAUUUCUUGAAGGAAAAAAGUGGA